ACAUUCUCUCUCCAUUCCCUUCUCCUUUAUUUCCUCUCUCCUCUCUCCCCUCGCAUCCUUUGUUCUUCUUUCAUCCGGUUGGGUAGACAGAGAGGGAAGCACAACUGCGCAAGGAAAGGAGGAGAGAUAAGGAAGCAGCAGGCAGCGGCAGCAGCAGCAGGAGCGAGAUCGGUCGAUCGAGCGCCGAGCUGCGGGAAGCAAUAAAUAGAAAUUAAGGUUCGAGCCGCCACCAUGGCGGCGCUUGCAGGCGCUCUAGAAUUCCUCCCCGGCAGCUUGCGCCCAUCAUCCCUCCCCCAAUCCUUCUUCUUUAUAUAGCCUAGCCACGCACUUGGCUCCCCUCACCACCCCAAAAAGCACCUUACCCCACUCCCUCCUAAGCUCCUCCUCCUCCUAGUGAGAAGAGAACAAAGCCAAGCCUUAGGCAGUCUCCGCUCUCAAGAGGAGAUCGAGAAUUAGAGGCAAGAUCAAGCUACCUAUCCUCACGGCAAGAGGCGAAGAAAGGAGGUGAGAGGGAAGGAAGGAGAAAGUAAGCAAGGAAGUGAGCGCGCUGGCAGGAGCUUCUUGAUGGGUGUUGGCUGCUGCCGUGGAUGGCGGGGUUCUCUCUGAGGGGAGGCGGCGGCGGAGGUGGAGGAGGCAGCGGGGGAAGGAGCGGCGACCGCGGCGAUCAUCCCAUCGGGGCAGACAGCCUGUUUCUGUACGCGCGCGGCGCCGCCGCCGCGGCCGCCGACACGGCGGGCGGCGGCGGCGGGGGAGGAGGUGGGAUAGGGUUCCAGCUAUGGCACCCGCACCACCAGCAGGCGGCGGCCGUGCCGCACACGUCGCAGUUCUUCUCCUCCGGGGUGGCCACCGGCGUCGUGCUGGGCUUCUCGCCGCAUGAGGGCGGUGGCGUGGGCGGCGUCGGCUUGGCUGGUGGAGGCGGCCCGGGGGGCGGGAGGGCCGGCACCAGCUGCCAGGACUGCGGAAACAACGCCAAGAAGGACUGCACCCACCAGCGGUGCCGCACCUGCUGCCGCAGCCGCGGCUUCAACUGCUCCACCCACGUUAAGAGCACCUGGGUCCCCGCCUCCAAGCGGCGCGAGCGCCAGCAGCAGCUCGCCGCGCUCUUCCGCGGCGCGGCAGCCAACAACAGCGCCGCCGCGGCCGCCGCCGCUGCCGUUGCCAACAAACGGCCCCGCGAGCUCGUGCGCUCCCUCGGCCGCUUGCCGUCCGCGACCACCGCGAUGGUCGACGCCACCACCUCCUCAGGCGAGGGGGACGGGAGAUUUCCGCCGGAGCUGAGCCUGGAGGCCGUGUUCCGGUGCGUGCGGAUAGGACCGGUGGACGAGCCGGACGCGGAGUUCGCGUACCAGACGGCGGUGAGCAUCGGGGGGCACACAUUCAAGGGGAUCCUGCGCGACCAUGGGCCGGCGGAAGAGGCGACUGGGCAGCUGCCGCCGUCGUCGGCGGAGUACCACCAGCUCACAGGGGCCGCGAGGGAGGGGUCAUCGCCGGCCGGGAGCAGCGAGGCGGCCGGCGGGCACGGGGCGACGGUGGCGACGUCCGCGGCGGUGCUCAUGGACCCCUACCCGACGCCGAUCGGCGCCUUCGCAGCAGGCACCCAGUUCUUCCCUCAUAACCCUAGAACCUAGCUUCAAUUCCUGCCAUGAAUUCCUUGCAAGUUUCAUUUACUGCCAAAGAUGGCGACCGAGUUGCAUUGAUCCAAGUCGAGCAAACAAAAGCAAGCCAAGCAGAUCCAAGAAGAGGAGAAUUGUUGUCCGUAGUCGAUGAUGAACACUAAUGCAUCUCGUUAGCUAGCUAGAGCUACUACUUUUGGAUCCUUCCAUGCAAUUUUAAUUUCCAGUUGGUUAAUUAGUAAUGACCUUAAUGCAUUGGUGCAAUUAAAGAGAGAUAAACUAAAGUGUAUCUUAA